AAAGGAAGAGAAGAUGGUGCAGCCAGCCAGCGUUUCUGAACCCAAGAUUUCCAAGCCCAGCCAAUCUCCUUCAGAAGAUCGAACGUUUGCUAGUCCUCUUGCUAGAAAGAUGGCUGAAGACAAUAAUGUACCUCUCUCAAAAAUCAAAGGAACAGGUCCUGAAGGACGGAUUGUGAAGGCUGACAUCGAAGAUUACUUAGCAUCAAGUGGUAAAGACGUUGCCAAGCCAUCCAAGGGUGUGGGCACACAGGUUCCAUCUUUGGACUAUGUUGACAUUCCUCACUCUCAGAUUCGAAAGGUCACUGCCUCACGCUUGUCGUUUUCAAAGCAAACUAUUCCUCACUACUACUUGACUGUGGAUACAUGUGUAGACAAACUGAUGGAUCUGAGGAGCCAACUCAAUUCGUUGCAAGAGGCAUCUGGCGGGAAACGGAUAUCUGUCAACGAUCUUGUUAUUAAGGCUGCUGCAUUGGCACUACGUAAAGUUCCUCAGUGCAACAGUUCAUGGACAGACGAAUAUAUCCGGCAGUAUAAUGACGUCAAUAUUAACGUAGCUGUACAGACGGAAAAUGGGCUCUACGUUCCUGUUGUCAAGGACGCAGACAAGAAAGGACUCUCCAAAAUAACGGAUGAGGUUCGGUUAUUAGCACAAAAAGCAAAAGAGAACAGCUUAAAACCAGAAGAUUAUGAGGGAGGAACAUUCACAGUCUCCAACUUGGGAGGAUCCUUCGGCAUCAAGCAGUUCUGUGCCGUCAUAAACCCACCUCAAGCCGCCAUUCUAGCAGUUGGAUCUGCCGAGAAGAGGGUCAUCCCUGGUAAUGGAGCCGAGCAAUUCAAGUUCGCAUCAUACAUGGCUGUAACGCUGAGCUGUGACCACCGUGUGAUAGACGGUGCCAUUGGAGCUGAAUGGCUUAAAGCUUUCAAAGGGUACAUAGAGAACCCUGAGUCUAUGUUGCUCUAAGCGUUUCCUUCCUCCUGUUUGAGAGAGCCUUUUUUUUGUACCAUUUUGUUGUUUUUUUCCCCUCACUAUAUGGUUCAUAUUUCAUGAAGUUUUCUUCUUGUAAUAAGAGGUGGGGUGCGUUGUUAAAUUAACACCCCCUGUCAUUGCUUUCUUUUAAUUUGUUUUCCGGUUCAUUUA